UGAAAGCCACCUCAUUUUCUGUUUCAGUUUUGAUUCUUGAGAAAUCUUAUUGUUGUGUUCGACUCCGUCAUCAGGAAUGUCCGCAGCAGAAGUCUAUGAUUGUGACAAAUUUUCUCCAAGGACACAAACGAACUAAAUUUUGUGCCGGCACAGAUCUCUCGGCACUGUUUAAAGAAGAUAGCACGCUUGUCAUGUGGGCACAUUACAGAAAAAGGCCCAUAAUACCCUCUCUGGUAUCACUACUAUUCUCAACACCAUGGACCGGAAUAAACGCAACUCCAUUGCUGGGUUUCCUACAAGACCGGACCGUUUCCAUGAUGACAGAGACUGCAUCGGAGGGGUAGGAGGAUGUGAGCUCGGCAUGACUCCACCGUCACUGGUGGGCAGGGUGUGGCCGUCUUCCUACCAAGCCCUCAUCAGUGCCUUUUCUUGUCUUACGCGCCUCGAUGACUUUGCCUGUGAGUGGAUUGGCUCUGGUUUCUUCUCUGAUGUCUAUAAGGUGCGUCAUCGAGCUUCAGACCAAGUGAUGGCCCUGAAGAUGAACAAGCUCAGCAGCAACCGAGCUAACAUGCUACGAGAGGUCCAACUGAUGAACCGGCUUUCCCAUCCAAACAUACUCAGGUUUAUGGGAGUGUGUGUUCAUGAGGGCCGACUCCAUGCCCUGACGGAGUACAUCAAUGGCGGAAACCUCGAGCAACUUCUGGACAGCAACAAAGACCUGAGUUGGCCAACCAGAGUGAAACUAGCCCGUGAUCUUGCCAGUGGUGUGGCCUACCUCCACGCUAAAGGCAUAUUCCACCGGGACCUCACCUCCAAAAACUGCCUGAUCAAAUGUGACGUCAACGGCUACACGGCGGUGGUGGGAGACUUUGGUUUGGCGGAGAAGAUCCCGACGAAUCCUACUGAAGGAGAGAAGCUUUCGGUGGUGGGAUCUCCUUUUUGGAUGGCUCCAGAGGUGCUGAGGGAUGAACCCUACAAUGAAAAGGCGGAUGUGUUCUCCUUUGGUAUCAUCUUGUGUGAGAUCAUUGCAAGAAUCCAGGCUGACCCGGAUUUCCUUCCACGAACAGAGAACUUUGGCCUGGACUACCACGCCUUCCAGCACAUGGUUGGAGACUGCCCGCCUGACUUCCUGCAACUAGCUUUCAACUGCUGCAAUAUGGACCCUAACCUCCGUCCAUCUUUCACAGACGUCUUCAGGCACCUGGAGGAGAUCCUUGCACACCUGAAAAAAAUCGACGAGAUGGAGCAUGAGUGCAUCUCGCUCGGUGGAGACAAUGACAAGAAGAGCAUCACCAAAGGGGAGAAGAUCCAGGCCUUCAAGCGACUGAACCCUCUGGGGUUCCAGGAUGAAAAGAUCCCCCCCAAAUCACCCCGCCCACAACGCAACAUCUGGCUCAGCCGCAGCCAAUCAGACGUCUUCUCCUGCAAGCCGGGACGAAAGGUCAACGUCCAGGACCCUUACUAUAACCCGCCAAACGCCCAGCGAGCCAGCAAGCCCCGCAAGAUCAACCCCUUCACCGCCCGAGAGGACCUGUGCGGGGGCAAGAUCAAGUUUUACGACGUCCCCAGCAAGUCUGUCUUCUCGCUGGUGUUUGACCUCCACUCGCCUCCAGGGAGCGUCUUCAUCAACCAGCCGUCUGCGCUCGGCCACGUGGGGCCCCAGCAGGAGGCGCUGUACUACUGGAAGCAGCUGCCAGGGAGACAGUGCCACUCUUUACCCGUGUCCCCCCAGCUCCCCCGCUCAGAAGCCUUCCACCCGGCUGCCGCUGUGAGCGCCAGCAACAACAGCAGCUCCGUCACCUCUAACGCCGCCACACUGCCAGCGAACUCCAGGUUUGACGCCAGCACGAUGGGGAACGACGUCCGACAGGUGGGGGCGAAGAAAUACGUGGUGGUUGAGAUCCCGCCUUACUGCAGGCAGAGAGGAGGGGAGGCGGCCAGCGAGGAGGCGGAUGAUGCGUUUGAGCAGCGCUGGACUCCGGCGGCUGUGUGUGGCGAGGCCAUGGACUGCUCCAGCAGCCUGGAGGAGGAGCGGGACAGGGGGACGGGGAUUUGUCCCAUGUAGAGGGAGGACACGGCAGCAUGCGAUACCUUUCAGAGAUGUAACAG